UCUGACCAACAACAUCACCCGACCCGACGGUAAAAUACAUGGUAAUAGUGAAUCAGGUUUGAAUAACGUGUGCUCAAGCCAAUAGCUGUUCAGAACCCAGAGAAGAGACCCUCCUCCGCCUCCUGAACCUUAAACCUUCUCUCAACCUGUCCGUUUGUUUCCCUCACUCCACUUCACUGCACUUUGGGAAGCGAGCUGAUAAAUGCAGCCGAGAGAUAAAAGAAAUGUUUUUUCCCGUUCCCUCAGAAGAAGCAUAGCGAGCGUCGCCUGAGACAGCGGUGUGUUUGUGGACAUGUUUUCAUCAUCGCUCCGUUUCUGUGAGGUGCCUCGGACCAGAUGAAGCCUCGUGUGAGAUGAUCAGGAUGAAGUCCACGCGGAGCUUCAUGUUUUUGAUCUGUCCUAUCAUGGUGCUGAUAUUCCUCUACUAUUCCUCUGGCAGACUGCACCUACGGACCUCAGUGCAGAAAUCUCAGUACGACAAGCAGGGAUUCGUUACCAAGCUCGACAGAAAACUGCCCCUGGAGCUGCAGUAUAAAUAUGGUAACCUCAGUAAAGGAGAGUGUAAACCGGGUUAUACAGAGGCCAAGAUGACUUUAAUAUAUCCAAAGUUUUUAAAACCAGUUCCCAUGUUCCUUGAUCCGAAUUUUAAGCGGCUAUCAAAGAUCAGCAUUUACCCUCCCCCUUUUGGAGUGAGAACACAAGAAAAGAUCAUCGAUCAUAUUUUAUCAGCUACGAAUAGCUAUUCGCUGGGUUCAGAACUAGACAGUCUUAGUUGUAAGAAGUGUAUUAUUAUUGGCAAUGGAGGCAUUCUGUUCAAUAAGUCCUUGGGCUCCAAAAUUGAUCAAUAUGAUGUUGUUGUACGACUGAACGAGGCUCCAGUCGCCGGGUUCGAGAAGGACGUGGGCCAGAAGACCACCAUGCGCAUCACCUACCCUGAAGGAGCCAUCCAGAAGCCGGAGCGCUACGAGAAGAGCUCGCUUUUCGUCUUCUCCGCCUUCAAACCCAUGGACUUCAAAUGGCUGCGUCACAUGGUGUACCAGGACAAGCUUCGGAGUAUGGAGGGAUUCUGGAAGUCCGUGGCACGUACCGUUCCCAGAGAACCGGAAGACAUGCGGAUCCUGAACCCGUAUUUCAUCCAGGAAGCAGCCUUCAGAUUCAUCGGUCUUCCACAUAAUAAAGGCCUCAUGGGAAGAGGGAAUAUUCCUACAUUGGGGACUGUUGCGAUCACAAUGGCCCUCCAUAACUGCGACGAGGUGGCGGUGGCCGGAUUCGGAUACGACAUGGAUUCACCUCGUGCACCUCUGCACUAUUACGAGAAGCUAAAGAUGUCUGCAAUCAAAGAGUCAUGGACACACAACAUAUCCAAAGAGAAGGAGUUUCUCCGGAAGCUGGUGAUGGGGGGCGUUAUUGAGGACCUGACCAAUGGGAUCUGACGGUACAUCCCGGUCAUACAGCUGAUAGAUGGUGUUAUUCACCGGAUCAGAGUGGUGACUGACGGCCAUCCCAGCUGAUGUGAGCCGGAGGAAGUGACCUCACAUCAUAUGCUGCAAUGGUAUCCAUGGCAACCUUACCUCAAUCAUGUUAACGCUUGAUUUUAGGAUGCCUCACAGACCAGAGUCCGUCCCUACGCGCUACAGCUAUCCGACAAAGACUGGAAACGUGCUGCUUUCUCCUGGCUUUGACUCCACGGCAGCCGCUGUGAACCAGAUUCACUAUUUAUUUUAGACAGUAUUUUAAUCACCUUCAUUUAAGAUGCUUUAUUUUUUAAGCCAAGACAACGUUAAUGCUUUGGUACUGUUCUGUUGUCUUCAAUCUCAGGCUAUGCACAUCAGCACAGUGUUCAACUACACAACCAAUGAUUGUCACCUAAUGAGUUUCUGCUGCUCGUCUGAUCUGUGCCAUUUAAAUCAGUAUUCACUUGUUUCCUGCACUUUCCACAUGUAUAUCACUCUCCGUGUGUAACCAGAUCCUGAGGCCAGAUUAAAGUAUUGUCAAUAUUUAUACA